GGUCCCACUGCUUUAGUUCACACAAGCAGGAGGAUAUUUGCUUGAAGAUAUACAGAAACCUGAACCCGGCUGGUUUGUUUGCUAGCUGGUACUUCACAGCUGUCAACCUGAGUCGCAAGUAGCAGCUACUGUAAGUAGCUUCUGUGCACUAUGAAGAAUUUUUCAUUUCCUAUGCAGGAUAACACACAUCAGACCGAGAGUCCUUCUCCUCACAGAUUCCUGAGUUUUACAAAUCAGUCAGAUCCUGCUGGAAGACCAGAAAGAGAUGAGCAAUUAGCUCAAGUAGAGAUUGCUGUACUGGGGGUCAUAUUUGUGACAGCGUCUGUGGGCAAUUUUAUUCUCAUACUGGUGCUGUGGCGAAGAAGAAAGAAGCUCUCUAGGAUGUAUGUAUUCAUGCUUCACCUCAGCAUUGCUGACUUAGUGGUAGCCUUUUUUCAAGUGCUGCCUCAACUCAUUUGGGAUAUUACAGACGUUUUCAUAGGGCCAGAUUUCUUGUGCAGAAUUAUCAAGUAUCUACAAUUGCUCGGCAUGUUUGCCUCUACUUAUAUGAUAGUGGUCAUGACAGUGGACAGAUAUCAAGCAGUUUGCUACCCUAUGGUCACUUUCCAAAAGAAGAGAGCUCUCUGGAACAUCCCCAUUUGCACCAGCUGGUCUAUAUCACUGAUUCUUAGCCUACCACAGGUAUUUAUCUUUUCUAAGACUGAAAUAUCUCCAGGUAUCUUUGAAUGUUGGGGUGAAUUUAUUCAGCCAUGGGGCCCAAGGGCAUAUGUGACUUGGAUUUUUGUAGUUAUAUUCUUCAUUCCCUCAUCCAUCCUUAUCACGUGUCAGGUUAAGAUUUGCAAAAUAAUCAAAAGAAAUAUAUAUGUGAAAAAACAAAAUGAAUAUGAAGUAACAAAUCAGAAGCAAGUCCUGCCAUCCCGAGCAAGCAGUGUGAACUGUAUAUCAAAGGCUAUGAUCAAGACUGUAAAAAUGACAGUGGUUACAGUGGUUGCUUAUGUUCUCUGUUGGUCACCUUUCUUCAUUGCACAGCUGUGGUCUGUGUGGUUCCCCAGUGUCGUGACUGAAGGUUCAGUAUUCACCAUUAUCAUGCUCCUCGGCAAUUUAAAUAGUUGCACCAACCCGUGGAUUUACAUGUAUUUUUGUGGCCACAUUCCAUAUUGCACAAAUAAGCAGCUGGAGAACACCUCGGCUCAAGAGGAAUCGGUGAUCACAGGAAGCAUUCAUCUUGUAGACAGAGACCCUGAGGAAAACAGCACUUGUGCAUAA